UUGUAAAUUGUGCAGCAGCACAAUGCUUAAAAAAAAACUGCCUUAACGCGCGCCAUAAUGGACGUCAGAACGGUUAGGUUGACGUUCUAAAUCCAUCUGAAGCACAGUAGUUGGUCAUGCAGUGGCAUGGCGACAUCCUAAAUGUGGAUAAACCAUCACUUUUAAAACUACACCUUUAUCAAUGGUCCUGGUAUUUUAACGCGUUAUGAACGUUCCAGAUGCAUACUUUUGUUCUUGGUAUGAAACCUGAUUUUUUAAAUCUGCAUGACAGUAAAGGGCAGUGGGGGACGCAGUGUGCACGCAGACUUUGCCCUAGAGCGGCAGUAUAAAGCGAGUUAUUCGAACACGUCCCGUUAUACGCAUCAGUUUCAGGUGGACUAUAGACACACUCAUGACGCUCAUUAGUUCACGAGCUUUUUCCACCCUGUCACACUGACGACACCACCCGCACAGGACAACGCUUAAGGAAAUAUCGGUCUGAAGACUAAAGGUUGAAGAUGGAGACCUUUAAUCACAAAGUUAACACUUAUAUUGACUCUUGGAUGGGACCCAGGGAUCCUCGGGUUAGAGGAUGGCUUCUACUGGAUAACUACAUCCCCACUUUUGCCUUCACUGUCAUGUAUCUUCUGAUUGUGUGGAUGGGACCAAAAUACAUGAAGAAUAGACAGCCAUACUCCUGCAGAGCACUGCUAGUGCCGUAUAACCUCGGCCUGACGCUUCUGUCCUUCUACAUGUUCUAUGAGCUGGUUAUGUCAGUGUAUCAAGGCAGAUACAACUUCUUCUGCCAGAACACCCACAGUGGAGGAGAGGCUGACAACAGGAUGAUAAACGUACUUUGGUGGUAUUACUUCUCCAAACUCAUUGAGUUUAUGGACACUUUCUUCUUCAUUCUGAGGAAGAACAACCACCAGAUCACCUUCCUGCACGUCUACCAUCACGCCACCAUGCUCAACAUCUGGUGGUUCGUCAUGAACUGGGUGCCGUGUGGCCACUCCUAUUUUGGCUCCACGUUUAACAGUUUCAUCCAUGUCCUGAUGUACUCGUAUUACGGCCUCUCUGCUGUCCCCGCCAUGAGACCAUAUCUGUGGUGGAAAAAGUACAUCACUCAAGGGCAGCUGGUCCAGUUUGUCCUGACCAUGUUCCAGACAUCUUGUGCUGUAGUUUGGCCAUGUGGUUUUCCAAUGGGCUGGCUGUAUUUCCAGAUCACUUAUAUGAUCACUCUUAUCUUACUCUUCUCAAACUUCUACAUAAAGACCUAUAAGAGCCACGCGGGAUCUCGGAAGAGCGGUCUCUCGAAUGGAUCAAUAAACAGUCACACUAAUGGAGUGACAUCCAAUGAAAAGGUUAAAUACAGGAAACCGCGCACAGAUUGAUGACCGUUCACUUACAGUCUUGUUAUUGUUAUCAGCGCAGUAGAGGAGCUUCAUGUAUGUCUAUCCAGUCACCACGCUACAGCCAUUUCAUCUUUAAAAGACUCCUCACAUUAUUGCACACUGCAACCUCACGUUAUUCAUAUUGAAUCCAAAAAUUAGGAAUUAGGGUCCAAGUUAGAGUAUUUGAUGUUUUUCAUAUAUAUAUUUUUUUCUUGAAGAACAAAGAUGGCGAACCUUAAUACUGUACUAAUUUGCACUGGUGUUUUCACCAAGCUUGUUUGUAGACAUAAAGAAGAUUGUAUUAGAGGAAUCUGACAAGUGUACAGGAGAAUGUCACACUUGUGAGCAGAUUUAAACAGUAGUAGCCUAUUCAAUGUUUCUUUAUAGCACAGGCAGAUAUAACCAUACAAAACAGGCGUAACAAUACCUGGAGAAAAAUGCAAGACAAUUAGAUUUAUGGACUAAUCGAGCGAGCUUAGUGAAUUAAUGUAUGUUUACAAAAGAAAAUGGACUGUUUAUUUUAUAUUAACAUGAAUUUAGCAUAGUUUGUUAUAGCGCUGUAUUGUAGGUAAACCUCUAGAAAACAUGUCCAGGUAAAAGUUACACGUUUGUGUGUGUCUAUUUUUCAUUCUUCCCAUAAGAUUUUUUUCCUUUUUUUUUUUUUUUUUUUACAUGAAAACUUUACUGUUCUACGAUGUGUAGAUACUUUACAAUUUAAAUAAUAUAUAGUUGUUUUUACUUUACAGUAAUGAGAAUAAGUUUUUUUUUUUUCACUCAAAUGUGCAAAAAUUUCAUUAGUCACAAGUUUAAUAGUUUUUUUUUUUUUUUUUUAAGAAAGUAAUUAUUUAUUAUAUUUUCUUUUGAUUUGUUGGAGAAAUAUGAGCCAGGCAUGACCCAGGGUUUCGAAGUCAUUGUAAAACACAUCACAUUUAUACAAUUGUUUGUUGUAUAUGAAACUGUUGGCACAGAUGGUGCUGACAUUGCAUUCUUUGCAGUGUAUUAGUGUUUCAAACUUCCACCACAGUAUCUCCAGCCUGCAGAUGCCAGUAUCAGUGUGAUGUCUCUUUAGUGCUGUUCUGUUCACCUGGCUAGUCUUGUAUGAGUCCUUUGCUGCAACAAAGAAGCAAUGAAUAGCUUCUGAUUUAUUUUCUGGUGUCAAAAAUGUCAUAACAAAUCAGUAGUUCAGCAUCGCUUUUGCGUUUACCAAAACAAUGAACAAAGGCUUACACUGUAAUUAAAAGCACAUUUAUAACUCUGUUACACUUUCCUUUUCCCUACUGUAAGUGCUGCAUGACAGGCAGUGAAGGGAAUGAGCAGUUGGACCUGUAGAAAUCAGGAUCCAAUGCGUUCCAUCAGCUUAACUCAUUCUGUGCCAGCAUUCCAGAUCUUGUCAAGCAACAUUAAUUUUGUUCUUGUGUUUGAACAAACUGUUGUUACAGUGUAUGUGUGUUAAACCAUUAAACAUAGAAAUGCAGGAAAACAAUGAAUACUACUGUGCAACUUCUGUUACUGAUUCAUAAUCAUAAUUCCUUAACAAUCAAGACAUUCUCUGUUAGUGUUCAGUUUAGGAUAAGUAAAAAUAUCUUGCAUUAUUGUAAUACCUCCCUCGAAAAUGAUAUAAUGCUGUUAAUUCAUGCUUUCAGUGCAGACUUAUAGAACCAGCCAUCCAGUGUACAAGAUACUGUUUGCUAAUAGCACAGUAGAGAAUUAAUACUGCACGUGUUAAUAAAAGACGUAAGCCAUUAACAUCAGACACAAUAACAAUAAAGUGAUUUUUAUUUGGAAAUGUA